AUGUUAACACGUGUUACAUCGUUGAGUGUUCAAGGUUACAAUGGUUCGCGUGGCCCUUUGGUUCAAUUGCCGUCGAAUAUAUGUUUUUUCACGAAUUUGCGGAUAUUAAAUAUUUCAUUCAAUCGUAUCAAUCUUGUGGAUUCGGAAUUGAUUUAUUCGAAUCCAUCUUGUCUAAACAAUUUACGGGUGCUUGAUUUGAGUAGUAAUUAUCUGCAGGAUUAUCCGUCAUUAUUGUUAAGAAGCACUCAAAUCAUUGAGGAAGUAUUUUUACAAAAUAAUCAAAUAACAUCAUUUGAUCUUGGAUCCAUUAUAAUUGUUUCAAUAUCAAUUAAUUUAUCUAACAAUGAAAUAUCAAAAAUAACAAAUAAUGCUAAUAUUAAUGUGUCAACAUACACUAGUUCAUUUAGUGCAUCUGUUGAUUUAACAAAUAAUAGUGAAAUUAUCGAUGUGACAGAUAGCAUAUACGAAAUGUAUGGAGCUUGUUAUGAAAUUCAACAAAUAUUCAAUACUAGUUUGCCACAGAUAGUUUCAAUCUUGACAAUGAGUUUUUUAAAUAUUAAUUUUGCUAGAUCAAAAAUAAAUUGCACUUGUGAUCAAUACUAUAUACAACAAAGCUUCUUGUAUUCAUUUAAUAUGAGUCUUUCAUCAACAUAUGCAUUGUCCAAUACUAUGUGUACAGAUCAAACAUUGUUCUAUAAUAAUUCAAAUAUUGCAGCUUGCAAUAGGUCAUCAGUUAAUUUCGCAACUACAAUGCCACGUCUUUGCAUAUUAAAUUCAAAUAAUGGUAAUAUAAGUUUAGUUAAUGUGGCUGAUAAUAUCACACAAACAUAUCCAUAUUAUCUACCUCAAAUUGUGAAUAAUAGUUAUUGUUUAUUUACAUUUUAUUCAGGCGGUAAUCGAAUGUCAAUUGAUUGUGUAAAUGAAUCAAGUACGCUGACUGCAAUUUCAUCAUUUGCUCUUAAUAGUAUUUAUUUUCAAAAUAUAACACAAGUUUCAAUUAAUAAUCAAAAUUCAGUAUCUGAAUUGCCAGCUUACUUAUGUUCAUUACCGUCCAAUACUAUUGAUCUUUCAAAUCAAUCGUUUAGCAUAUUAAAUAGCACAACAUUUCCUUGUUCAUCGAAUAAUACAGUUCAAAAUAUUAAUCUUGCUUACAAUCAAGUUAAUGUCGUCAAUUUGACUUUAUCCAAUUGGAUAUCGAUUGAUCUAACAUCAAAUAAUCUAGCACAAUUUCCAUAUAGUCUCUUUGAUUCAAAUGAAAGUACAAUAUCAAGCACGCUAUUAUCACCACGAACACUUAGUGUAUCAUCGAAUCAAUUAACUGAAUUUGAUUUAUUUGUUUACACGUAUGCAGAUACAAAUACUAACUUACAGAAUAAUCCAUUCUCGACAACACUUGAUGGUUAUACUAUUAUUAAUAAUUAUCAAAAACGAUCGUUAGUUAUUGGUUCUCUUUCGGCAAAUGUAAUGCUACCAAAUCAAAUGCGUUUUCUGCUGAACGAUCAAGUUGCACAAGAUUAUAAUACGUGUACUAGUAAUUCAUUAAACUAUCUUAUUGCAAUAUUCGAACAAAUAAAAAGCAGUAAUAGUAGUGCAGUAGAUAUUGAAUGUGAUUGCUCAUCAAUUUAUAUUAAAGAAUAUUUCAAUUCAUUAAAUUCAUCAGACAAAAUUACAAAUCGAUUUCAAUGUAGUAAUACAUCAAGUUUAACAAUAAUACAAUUUGAAAAUUUAACUGAAACGAAUUGUUUAUCGAAUAUAACAUUAUCACCAAAUAGACUUUGUCAAUUUGCCAGAUUAGCAACUUCGACUGUUUCUAAUUCAAAUGCUAGUGGUCAAUCUUUAUCCAUAAUACUUGGGUCUGUUCUAGGAUCUUUAGGUUUUCUAUUACUGCUGGCAAUUAUUAUAGGUGCUUGUUACUAUAUACGUAAAUCAUCUAUUAAGAAUGCUCGAAUAGUAUCAUACCCAAAUAAUUCUCGAUAUACGGAUAAUAAUCGACUUGACGCACAUAUACAAACAAGAAAUGUUCGCUGGCCACAGAAUUUUGCACUACUUGAUCUUAUGCCAGUGCCACCACCACCACCACGAACACCUCGACCAGAAAAUACUCGUAAUUCAAAAUAUUUUCUACCAACAAAGCAAUCAAGAAGAUCAGCAGCUCGAAAUUCACCAUCAUAUUAUACAGCUUCCGUUGAUUUAUCACAAUUAGAUAGUAUUCGUCAUCAAAGACGACGGCAACGGCCAAAUGAUCCUCCGAUAGAUCAUGAUGCAAAUUGA